AUGUCUUCCCCGUCGAUGCCACCAACAUUUUUCGGCAGCUUCAAACUGGAGCGCAGUGAGAACUUUGACGAGUAUCUCGCAUCAAAAGGCGUGAAUUGGUUUCUCCGGAAAAUGAUUGGCUUCACGAGUGUCACCAAAGUGAUCAACGAGGAAGGGGACGGGAAAUGGAUGAUGGAGAAUCGAAGCUCGAAAAAGAACACCGCUUAUCAUGGAUGGAAAAUGGGCGAAACGUUUGAAGCGGAGGGAUUAGACGGGAAACAACAUCAAAUCACUUUCGAUUACAAUGAUGAUACGCUUUUUGAGAAACACAUAAGAAUGGAUGAUCCGAACGAUAAAGGAGAGACGUAUCGAUACAAUGUUGAUGGGGAUUAUCUCGUGUUGACCAUGCAAAAUCAAGCAAUUACGUGUAAACGAUGGAUGGCUGAAACGGGUCUUCGGCAAGAAAUGCCGCCCCAGGGUGGCUAUCAAAAGUUCAACUUUCAUCGAACUUUCCCCAAACUUGUGUGGAGACCUUACCUCGCUAUCAGCGUUGGGACGGCCAUAACCCUUGUCGGAUCGUAUUAUGCUUUGUGGCGGAAGAAGUGGUACAUCACCGAGAAGUUUGAAGAUGUCGAAUUGAACACGGCAAUGCAACCAUUUUUGACAGCUGAGCGAGAUCGAUACUGGUUGAAGUUGCUGGCGAAAAAUCGAGACCUCGAGGCGGAGAUUAUGAAGGAUGUGCCCGGAUGGAAGGUUGGUACAUGGUACGGAGAGCCAGUCUAUUUCACAAUUGGCGAGAAAUGGUGGGAUCCCACCCCAAUUGAGGUCUUUGCCCAUUCUCAUCCAAAAGCCUACGAAUGGGAGGCAAUGUGGCGUCAUCACCCCGAAUACUCGGCUCCUCAUUUCUGGGACAAUCUUUUGCCCGAAUCCAUUCGUAAGCAUUUAUGG